UGCUGAGAAUAAGAGAAACUGUGUUUUGCUCUCCGUUUUUGUCUAUUCUAUUGUUUUUGGCUCUUCUUAAGGGGCCGUGGCUGCACAAAGGAUUUGACAAUGACAGCUCUAGGGCCGGGGGCGGCGAGAUGUCCUUGUGAGAUUGCAGAAUAGGUUUGCUGUGGUCAAGAAGGCCGCAGAGCUGAGCAGGGAGCUGGGUUGGUCUCGCUGAGCCUGCCAAGUGAGGAGGAGGAGGAGGGUUGUGGAGAGGUAUUGAUGACGUUUUUCCUUUCCUGCUCUUUGCUGAGAGGAGGUAGCGUUUGCAGGAGCAGGUUGUCCACCUCAGAAAGCAGAGCGGUGGUGGUGCUGAGACGAUCCUAGCUCCAGAAAUGGACCAUCCUGUGGAGCAUGGAGGCCACCACUUGGUGGAUGGCUUGAAGGUGUCUCUCUUCUCUUGGUACUCUUCAGCUCCUGUUGUUCCCAUCAUCAAUUUUGUGGCUCUCUUUCUGUUUCUUCCAACGUCUCUCCUGAUCGUCCCGUGUGAAUCAACCACCCAAGCUUUUCAGAAGACUACUUGGAAUCUCCCAGCAGCUCCCACCUUGUCCUGGUCGCCUCCUUACCAAACUCUCCACAAAGGAGACAACAUAGAGUUAAAAUGUUCCCCCCCAGGAGGACAGAAGGGAAAACUUUACUUUUUCUAUCGCAUCAGUGAAAAGGGUGAAGAGACAAGAUAUCAAGAACAGAUCGGAAAUACUCUGCUGAUUCAGGCAAUACAAAUAGCCCCAAAGGAAAAUUUUUCUUGUUCUUACUGGGGAAAAAACAGGGACGGAAGAAGCUCUUUCUCGCAAAAGAGUAAUUGGGCUGAAUUUACUACCAUUGAUCUUCCACCAGCUCCCAGUCUUUCUCCAGAUGCUUCAGAACCUCUGUAUCUGGUUGGGGAGAACAUUUCUCUCAGGUGCUCCGCUCCCAACAACAGUGUUCAAAGUUGGAGACAAUACCAAAUAAGGAAAAAUGAGAAUGAGACCUCUAUAAAGGAUCUGGAUUGGCAUGAAGACAACUCCUGGGUCCUCACAGCCACAAGGGAAGAUUCUGGAUUAUAUAAAUGCAGGUACCAAGAAUGGAAAUAUGGGAGAACCAUCUCUUCAGAGUGGAGUCGUCCUGUCUCAAUUGUGGUGAGAGAUUCUCUGCCUCCCCCAGUGUUGAAGCUGCAUCCUCCCUCUGGAUCCCUGGGGGAAGGCAAAGUCCUGCACAUCCAGUGUUUGCCCAAUGAGGGCAAUAACACCAAGAGGUUCCAUUUCUCAUGGAAGGGUGUGGAAAUGGCCUCCAGCAAUGAAGGUCUUCGGAGGAGCAGCAGAGACUUUGGGCUUCUUACUCUAAAUAUGUCAGUAGUCUUCCUAUAUGCCAAAGGCAAUGGAAGCCUGGGACUUGCUUGCAGAUGGGAGGAAAACAUAAGUGGGCGCUGGAUCAUGUCUCCUUGGAGCCAGAUAGUGAAUAUCACAGUUCUACCAGCCCCAGCUGGCCCGUCAGUGGGCUAUGCAGCGUUGGCUCUCCUUGUCCUUCUCCUGGGAGCCCCACUGGUUUUCUGCUGCAGCAGGAAGAAGAACGGAUGCCAGCGGAGAUCUGAGACUAAAGAGAAGAAGGAGGAAGUCCGAUUAAAUGAUCUUGGAUCUGAGGAUCUGGAUGGGGAGGAUUUACAGAAUUCAGAACUCACCUAUGUUGUUGUCAAGACAUCAUCCACGGUGAUCCCUUUGGAACCCAGGACCAAGAAUCCUCUGAAGACCCAGGAAGUGGACCAAGUCAUAUACAGCGAUGUCCGGGUUCAAGCAACCAGCAGAAGAGCCCACUGACUACUUCUCCAAAGGCCACUUUCAGAAGACCAGCCUUUUCACCACCAGGAACGGAGGACUUGCUCUGGUUCUGUUGGGGUAUUUGGGAAUAGACAUGCUUGAACCCAGGGUUUCUCAACCUUGGCAACUGGAAGAUGGACUCCAACUCCCAGAAUUCAUGGCUGUCUGGUGUAUCCUGGGAGUUGAAGUCCACCCAUGUUCAAGCUGUCAAGAUUGAGAAACUCGGGGCAUAUCUUCAGUACACCGAAAUCACUCAGAAUUUACAGCCUUGACCUUUUACUCUUCCUAACUAGUAGAAAUAUUGGCCAAUGUCCAGUUACUCACAAAGAAUACCUGUCCUCCCUUCCCCUUUUUGUACUAAAAAUGAUUCUUCCUGUCCUUGUUGAUGGAGAAUCCAGUGAAGGAGAUAUAAAUCCUGUGAAAUAAAUAAAAAAUGCUGUUGUUGUUGUUCAGUCACCAAAUUGUGUCUGACUCUUCACAACCCCAUAGGCCAUAGCAUACCAGGCCCACCCAAAUUUUGCUCCAAUUCAUAUUUAUUCCGUCAAUGACACCAUCUAAUAACCUCAUCCUCUGCUGUCCCCUUCUCCU